AUGCGAACCACUUACGUUGCCGACGAAUUGGCCGCUGACAAAAAUAAGGGAGGGGCCGGGGAAUCUAAAUGUAUUGAAAAUAAUCAGAUAAACUCUAUUCACAUGGCCGUAAGUGGCGAGCGACUGGGGAAGUCGGGGACAUGUGUUGUUAGUGGUGAUUUAUCUUUAAACACUACGAAUACUCAUAAUGUUGGCAAAAGCGGUCUAGUAUCCAACUGGUGUGAUGUCACUACUGUUCCACAGCAUCCUUCUCUUAGAUCACAGGCGGUAGCUCAACCACCGUUAUCAUCAUCGCCUACUCUGGGUGCAUGUGGUGCUAUUUAUGGCCAGUUGGUAACAGCAGAUCAAUUAUGCCAGUUGGAACAGCAUUCAACCACUAACACAAGUGAUGAUAUUGUUAAGUCAGCCGAAGGUGUGCAUAAAAAAGCUAAUUUAUGCUUGAGCAAUAUAAAGUCAACAACUACACAUGAGAGUAAAGCACAGAAAAUUUCAUUACCACUCAAUCCUAUGGUCUCCAGUACAAAUAUUUCUCAGCCUACUUCUCAGGUAAUGACCCAGUCAGCUUAUGCCAAUUUGGAUCCAUCAGUUAUUACCACUACUAUGAGUAGUAAAGCACAACAACAGUAUCAGCAACAACAACAACAACAACAACAAUCCAACAAAGAUAUUCACCAAGCAAUGGAAGUAUCCCAUUCACUUGGAUCUGAUUCGUUUACUUUUCCAUACUAUCCUGAUAUCCAACCUACUGCUAUGGAUUUAGGUGGACAACCAGGUAGUCCAUCCUUAUCAAAACUUCUUACAUCUGUGACAUCUAGCAGUAGUAAUCUACUACAGAGUAGUAAUUUACAAAGUGGAUUAAAUACAUACUGUUAUCCAAUCUUUCCAUUUGGUGCCUCUACUACUGAUCAUCAGGUGACUUGUAAUCCUACAUCUUGUAGUCAUAUCAAAGAUACUCGGAAUACUGUUGUAGUUACUCAAAAUGAACCAAUUUCAUCAAGUGUCACUAGUCAAUAUUCCUGUCCUCGUGACUCAGAACAACGACCUGUCAUGAAGAUGUCAGUAAAUCUUAUUCGAACAUAUAAAAAUAUCAAUGAGGUCUAUUAUCGAAAAAAACGACGUAUCAGAGAACAGAUCAGUGAGGACAGUAUUCAGAAACGAGAUCGUAAAGGUUCUGUAACAAUUUUGUCAAAUGGAAAUUCUGUUGCUAUAGGAAAUGGUGGAUCAGCUCCUUCAUGUCAACAUGGAUCCACAGGAAGCUUACCAGUUGUCAGUGCAGCAACUGUUACCAAUACAGCUGCAUUAACAUGUCAUUAUCAUCACUAUCAUCAUCACCAUCAUCAUUGUGUUCCAUCACAGUCGACAUUAUCAUCUCAAGUUUCUAUGCUACAUCCACAUCGAUGUGGUGUUGGCGGUUGUACGAAUAACACUACUAACAAUAAUAUUAGUACUACUAGUAGUAAUAAUAACAAUAACAACAAUCCUGUGACCUGUUGUCCAACAUCAUCAGAUUUACAAAUUCGACCAUCAGGAGUCAAUGGAAUUAUUCAAUCACGUCAUCAAGGAUCUACUCAGCUUCAAAUGAAACAUCAUCAUCAUCCUACAGUUCUUCAUCCCGGUCAACAUCUCCUUUCUCAUAUCCCUCAUCAUCAUCAUCACCAUCAUUCUCAACAGCAACAACAACAUAUAUAUGAUCAAGGUUCAUCCUUGCAUUGUAGUAAUCCUCCUAAAUCUCAUCCUUCGACUAACUUGAAUACUGCUACUGCUGCUUCAGGACUUCGUGGAGCACUACCUUUAACUACAACAGCGGUUAUGACGACGGCAACAACAACAACAGGAGCGACAGGUGUAAUAUGUUCUGGUCAAAUACAAUCAAAUCCUAGUUGUCUACCAUCAGUUUACUCAUCACAUCAUGGUCUUGUGCGUAUCGGUGAUCUUUGGUAUGAUCGUUAUAAAAUUCUAGCCUUGAUUGGGAAAGGAACGUUUGGACAGGUCGUUCGCGCUUUUGAUGAAUUAACCGGUGAAGAGGUGGCUAUCAAGGUGAUUAAGAACAAGCGUUCUUUUGUACAGCAGGCUGAAGUUGAAAUUAAAUUACUUCGUGAAAUGGCUGUAUUUCAAGCUAAUGAACAAUUGGCUACAGAAGUUGGAGCUAAUUACAUUGUCAAUUUAAAAGGUCAUUUCAGUUAUCAUGGUCAUUUAUGUUUAGUAUUUGAAUUACUCUCAUAUAAUCUUUAUGAUCUACUCGGUAAUACAAAUUAUCGUGGUGUCUCUUUAAAUUUAACACGAAAAUUUGCCCAACAAUUAUGUGCUGCAUUAGUAUUCCUUUCUAGACCAGAUGUACAUGUGAUACAUUGUGAUUUAAAACCAGAGAAUAUAUUAUUAGUCAAUCCAAAACGUUCUGCUAUUAAAGUUAUCGAUUUUGGAAGUUCUUGUCAUGUACAUGAAAAAGUUUAUCAGUAUAUUCAGUCAAGAUUUUAUCGGUCUCCGGAAGUGUUAUUCAAUUUGGAUUAUGGUUUGGGCAUUGAUAUGUGGUCACUUGGUUGUAUUCUAGUUGAAAUGCAUACAGGGGAACCGUUAUUCUGUGGAGCAAAUGAGCUUGAACAACUUCUUCAAAUUAUCGAAGUUUUGGUUUCCCACCAGUGUAUAUGA